AUGCCGACUCCGCUCGACGCCAUACGCACCGACACUACCAUCGACUCGUACAAAGUCGGCAACCUCCUAUUCGACCCGGGCUACCGCGAGACCCGAAUCCGCAUAGCAAGUAUCCUCAGCAACGACAGGAUAUUCGACAAGUCCUUACGACCACACCUCAACCACCGUCAACUCCUUCAUCUCUCUCUGCGCAUCUUCAAACGGUUGCUGGAGCUCCGCGACGCGCAUGGAUGGUCCGAUCUCGAGUUUACCCUCGCCUGUCGUUUGCAGGAUGAGUCUCUCCCGACCAGUCUUCACGACGCGGCUUUCGUCCCGGUUAUCGCAAGUCAAGGAACGCAGGAGCAGCAAGCGUAUUGGCUACCAAGAUGUAAACGCUACGAAGUCAUCGGCUGCUAUGCACAGACGGAGUUGGCGCAUGGGAGUAACGUACAGGAGCUGGAAACGGCUGCGAGGUUCGAUGUCACCUCAGGAGAAUUUGUGAUUUCCUCACCAAGGCUGGAGAGUACAAAGUGGUGGAUUGGAGGAUUGGGAGUCGUGGCGAAUCAUGCAAUUGUGCAGGCCGUGCUAUACUUGCCGUUGCCUUCGAACCCACUAGAAUACAAAUCGUACGGGCCGCACUUGUUCAUUGUCCCGGUUCGCUCGCUGGGGACGCACGAGCCGUUACCGGGAAUUACGAUCGGAGACAUUGGGCCGAAGGCGUAUGGGGGGUUUGGCAUGGUGGAUAACGGUUAUGUGCAAUUCCGGGAGGUCCGGAUUCCCCGGGAGAACAUGCUUAUGCGGCAUGCGCAAGUCACGCUCACGGGGGAGUACGUCCGACCGGCACACGACAAACUUUCCUUCGGCAGCAUGGUUGCACUGCGGGCUGGCAUUCCAGUGAACCUGGGGUGGUCUUUAGCGAGAGCUGUAACAAUUGCUCUGAGAUAUUGCAUUCACAGACGGCAGUUUGCAGCCACUCCUGGUGGACCGGAGCAGCCGGUUAUUACGUAUGCUAGUGUUAAGCAUAGAUUGUACCCGCUGCUAGCGUCGAGCUAUGCAUACAUUAUCGCUGGGAGGGAACUGUGGGCCAUGUAUCAGAAGAUGCUGGAGGAGGUUGUUCAACGGGGAAAUGUGGAGUCGUUGGCGGAGAUGCAUAGUUUGUCUAUUGCUUUGAAGGUCAAGAGCUCAACGGACUGUGCAAAGGGGCUGGAAGAGGCAAGGAAAUGCAUGGGUGGUCAUGGAUACUCUCAUAUGGGUGGUAUUGGCCCACUAUUCGCAAACGCUACUGCUUCUCAAACAUAUGAAGGUUUGUCCUAGACCCUCACAAUACCACCCCUCACUCCCCCAUCCCACUAUCCUGACAUGGAACAAAAGGAGACAACUACGCAAUAUCCCAACAAACUACUCGAUCCCUCCUAAAGCAUGUCUCCGCCUUACGCUCUUCCUCUUCGUCCCCCACAUCCCUCACCUCCUCCCGCUCCUCCCGCUCUUCUUCUUCCUCUCGCUCUUCAGCCUCCUCCCGCUCGUCCUCAUCGUCAGCACCAACAGAACACCACCUCCCCCCAAGUAGCUCCUACCUCCUAAACACCCUCCUAGCCCCGGCCCAAUUCUACACCCAACGCUCAAACGUAAACACUU